AUGAAAGUGAAUAUGGCGGUAACGUGGCUAAUGGCGCUGGUGGCGCUCUCCGUUGACCAAGCACACGGGCAGCUGAAAUGUUACGUGUGUGAUAACUGUCCCGAUCCGUACGAUGGUUCCUCGCAGCUACGUGACUGUCCGGAUGAAAAUCCGACACCAACGCCGUCUCCGCCUCCGGGAGACACGACGGUUCUCACACCGCCAACCUUCACACCACCGGGCGUGGGAGGGGAAACUUCUACGAACCCGUCAUCCGAACAGCCUCCAACACCUCCCAUUAUUACGCCACCACCGUUUCCUGGCCGACGAAAACGCCAAACACCCAACCCUUAUCGCUGCUACCGGAUCGAGCACAGUAACAACGUCCGGCGCGGAUGUGUGUCGUUCCUUGGCUCCAACAGUGACACCUGCCAGUCAAUCAAUGGCGGCGUCGUCCCGAAUGACUGCCGGGUGUGCGAUUGGGACGGAUGCAACAGUGCGACGGGACUACAAGUAUCGCUGAUCGCGCUACUGCUGGCAGUGGUGCUCUCGAGCGUGCUGAGGCAGUAG